UAGCUGAAUGGAGGCGCCAAAGUCCCUGCCUCAGGGCGCAGACUGGCCUGGAUGCCGGCGUCCUCAGGUGUUCUUUGGUUACUGCAGGCCGAGCCCUUGUAACGUGGUAACAGCGCCCGCCCACGAAUCACUGGACUACGAUUGGUCCGUGGCCCUAAAGCCCGAACACGAACUGCGCAGGCUAUUGGCUCUAGUCCUACAAGGCUGACGCUGUGAUUGGUGAGCCUAGGGGCCAGUCAGACUCGGAGGCAGGGUCAAAUAGGGAGAUAUGGCGACAACGAGAGCCUGUGGGUGAGUGGUUUCUGAAGGGGUGGAGGUGUGAAGCACCCGAUCACCGCGAUCUGCCUUCGCACCGCUCCCAAAGAGGUGGGAGGUUGUCAGACACCCACAUCUCCCACGCAAGUUACAGGCGCAGCUUUGAAACUAAAUCUGACAAGUACAGUCCAGCCUGAAGCCUCAGCUUACUUGAAGCUCAGGAGACUGAAAGCCUCUCAGACAGCAGCCCUGCAGAGAAAGUAUUUUGACUUUGGCAUUUAGGUCUCUCCCAUGGCCCUGACUGUGCUGAAUGGGCUCCUGAUUAAGGACUCAGGCCCACCUAUGCUGCUGCACCAGCUUAGCAAGAGUCCCCAGUUAGAUACCUUCAGCUACCAGAGCUGCUUUAUGCAGGAAGUCUUUGCCCAUUUCCCUGAGAUCUUAUUUAUCCACCGGACCUAUAACCCCAGGGGCAAGGUGCUAUAUACCUUCCUGGUGGAUGGACCUCGGGUGCAGCUGGAAGGUCCUUUUGCCCGGGCAGUCUACUUCGCCAUCCCUGCCAAGGAAGAUGCUGAAGGCCUGGCCCAGAUGUUCCAAGUGUUCAAGAAGUUUAACCCAGUGUGGGAAAGAAUCUGUACAAUCCUAGUGGACCCCCACUUCCUCCCACUCCCCAUCUUAGCGAUGGAGUUCCCUGCAGCUGAGGUUCUAUUUUCAGCUUUCCACAUCUGUAAGUUCCUCCAGGGCAAGUUCUAUCAGCUGUCCCUCGAACAGCCUGUGGAAAGGGUGCUCCUGACCUCCCUGCAGAACACGAUGUGCUCAGCCACCGCAGGCAACCUGCGGAAGCUGUACACGCUCCUGAGCAACUGCAUCCCCCCGACACAGCUGCCUCAACUCCAUUCCCACUGGUUGCUCAACGACCGCAUCUGGCUGGCGCACCGCUGGAGAAGCCGAGCUGAGAGCACUCGCUAUUUCCAGAACCUCGAGGUCACCACCCGCAUCCUCAGCCAGUUCUUUGGUACCACCCCAUCUGAGAAACAAGGUGUGGCCUCUCUGUUCCAGUACAUGCAACAGAACUCUGGAGACAAGGCAAGUUUCAACCCGGGCUUGAGUCACCAGAACGAUCACGACCCCUCGGACCCCAGUCCCGAAACCCCCAAAGUGGAGCAGUUGGUAGAAGCCCGUAUCCAGCACUCCCUCAAUGCCAUUUGCACAGGGCCGGCAGCCCAGCUCUGCCUCGGAGAGCUUGCAGUGGUCCAGAAAUCCAUGCACCUCAUUGGCUCCGGCUCAGAAAAGAUGAACAUCCAGAUCCUGGAGGAUACCCACAAAGUGCAGCCCCAGUCCCCCGCCAGCUGCAGCUGCUACUUCAACCAGGCCUUCCACCUGCCCUGCCGCCACAUCCUAGCCAUGCUCAGCGCCCGCCACCAGGUGCUCCAGCCCGACAUGCUGCCAGCUCAAUGGACAGCAGGCUGUGCCACCAGUCUAGAUGGCAUCCUGGGCAGCAAGUGGAGUGAGACCCUGGAUAAGCACCUGGCAGUGACUCUCCUUACUGAGAAGGUGAGUCAGCUUCUGCAGCACUGCAGCAAGGAAGAGUUUGAGCGGAGGUAUAGCAUCCUGAGGAUACUGGCUGACAGCUGGAUCGGCCCUUAUGAGCAGGUCCAGCUCUGAUGACGCCUAAUGGCCAGGAUGCUCAUGCACGUGUACACGCUCACACGCCCCCACACGUACACAGCACUUCCGUGGGUCCUCCUCCUAGAAGGACAACAGGAUUUUCUACUCUGUCAUAGAUAGCCUGCUACCUAGAAUGUGUCCAGCUCCAUAAGGCCGGAGUCAGCAAACUUUCUGUAAAGAGCCAAUAGUAAAUAUUUUACUUCAUUGGUCA